UACUGUGUGACACUGAGGUCCGGCCACUGGCUUUCUGGCCCUGAUGAAAACUCAAGGCACUCCGACUGAAGCAUUAGUUGUGUUUGUAAUUUGUAAACGCGGCGUAACAGCCACCAGCGGUCUCCCGCAGCAGGCCGCGCUCAUAAUUACGGAACUGUGCUGCGGGAAAAGCAGUCGGGUCAGGAGCGCCCUCGGAACCAAAGCGCCAGCCCCGCCUGUAGGGGGCUGCAUUUCCAGAGCACCGAGGGGCGGGACGCGCGGGGAUCGGCUAGAGCGGCCCGGCUGGCGGAGCACGCGGAGAGGGGCGGUUGCGGGCUACCAGACCAUGCUGAGUGGAGCGUGCGGCAAGCUCGCUUCAGCGCUGCGCAGGACACGCGCGCCCGCAUCCGCGGUCGCCCGUAGGUGUCUGCGCGCGUCGGGGUCGCGGCUGUCGGCGGACAAGAGCGAGAGGACUGGGGAACCGCACCGCACCUUUGACCCGUCUCUGCUGGAGUUCUUGGUUUGCCCGCUCUCCAAGAAGCCUCUCAGAUAUGAAGCAUCAACAAAUGAAUUGAUUAAUGAAGAGUUGGGAAUAGCCUAUCCAAUUAUUGAUGGGAUUCCUAAUAUGAUACCGCAGGCAGCUAGGAUGACACGUCAAAAUAAGAAGCAAGAAGAUAAUGGAGCAGCACUAGAUCAUGAUUAAAAACAACAAACACAACUAA